UGUCUGUCAUGGCGCACUGAGCAUCAAAAUACUUCCUGCAGUAAACAUCGGCGUGCCGACGAAUAUAGAUGCUGUGAUCGGCAUCGCGAAAACAAUCAACGAUCGUUGCACCUCGACAUUUAACAUUGCGCCGUUUCAUUAAGAUAGAUGAUAUCUGGCAAUUGACAAGCCCUGUCACGUGACUGUCAUCGCAGUGUCGUCACAGUAUGUGACCAUGCCCUAUGUAGACAAGUACGGCAGAACAUGUGGUUUUCUCAAUAUUGAGGAGAUUGAAAAUAGUGGCAGUUUUAUACGGAGAUACUUCCUACUGGAUCAAAACAAUGAGCGCCUGCUGUACUAUAUGGACAACCCCAAUAACCUGCCUGCAACAUGGAGGAACUCUGUGGGGGAAAUAUUCCUACAAUACGUGUCCAAGGUAAGCGAUGGGAAGAAGCUCAGGCCAAAGGUCAGCAACUGUUUUGUCAUCAAUGUGGCUGGGCGGCGCUACUUUAUGGAGGCCGAAGAUGAAAACGACAAAACAGAAUGGAUAGAGGCCCUCAACAACGCCAGCAAGAUCACGGUACCUCAGGACGAUGCAGUCAAGCACCUACGUACAACAGAAUGGCAGGCGCGUGACCUCAGUCAGAAGUCCUAUGUGACCGAGAUUGCUGGCGGUGUGGUGUGUAAGAUGCCAGUGCAGACUGGCGAGGAUGUGUCCGGUGAGAGCAGUAGUGAGGAUGAGGAGUCCACGAGUCGGUCAUCCUCCUCCGGACGUGUCUCCCCCUCCAACUCCCUGUGUCGCACCAUCAGCGAUGCCCCUCGGACAACUUCCUCGAGGGGAAGCUCAUCGCUGAAGGCCGGGUACGGAGUCAAGCAGGGGGCAGUGAGAAAAAGUUGGAAAAGGCGUUUUUUCCUUCUCCAUGAAAAUGGAUUUAGCUAUUACCGGACUGAACAGGACAAAAGCCCAAUUCGUACAAUUCCAGUGUCUGAAAUUUUAGAAGCCAGACAAUCAUCAGGUGCUCAUGUAAACAGGGAUAAUUUAUUUGAACUCAUGACAUCAAAACGAAUAUUUUAUAUACAAUGUGAUACACCCUGCGAAAUGCUCAGCUGGAUUGAUGCCAUUCGCUCGCUGCUUCGGAGUCGAAAGAUGGAGGAACGAAAGUCUAUGCAAGAUACAGAAACUCACCAAACACUUGAAGAUGACAUCUGUGGCAAGACUUACCCCAAGGAAGUGUGGCUGCGCGAUCGACUUGGAGGGGAUGUCGGUGGGCGUGGCAAGUUACGGAAGAAGAACUGGAUGUUCUGGUGACAGGAAAUGACUUCAGCUUUUUGUCUUUCUGCUCCUCAAAGUCUUCUCCUGUCACACUCAUCACAGGAUGUGGAUCCGGAGGACUCUGUCAUAGUGCUUUUGGCCCACUGUUUAUACAAUAUUGGAUCCUUCUUGUUAUAUAUAAUACCAUCAACAGGGUUUACAUAUUUUUAGUGUUUUUAAAAUGGAAAGAACAUUAUGACUUCUUGUUACAUUUAAGCUGUCAUAUCGUUUUGUAAAUGUUUUGCUGAAAAUAUUUUGGGUCACAAUUGCCUCUGAUGAACUGUUUGCGAAGUAUUUAAUCUGGAUUGACUGUUUGCCUGUAUCAAGUCUAGACAGACUGGUGUGCCUGCAUUCUGUCUGGACAGAGUGUUGUGCCUGUGUCUGGUCAAGAUUGACUGCUGUGCCUAUUUUCAUCUAGACAGACUAUAGGACCUGUGUGGAGUCAAGGCCACACGAAGUAGUUGGCGCUAACAGCUAGUCUCAUUUUCAGCUACAACACAGUCACAUAAGGGAAGAAGAUGGCGCUAGCAGGUAGAUGCUCUUUCACCUACAUCAAUAUCAUGUCAGGAUGAAAAUGGAACUAGCAGCAUAGCCUCACUUUCAUUUUCGCUAAUGAUUGGUCAACCCUCCUUCACAUUUUUGAAUGAAGGAGGAAUCGUUGACACACGAUGUACAGUGUUAGAUAAUAUGCAUGUCCCACCUGGUACCUCUAAUGCCGGGUGGAACAUGCUCAUUAUUCUCCGCCUCUGACCUGAUAACAGUCCGUCUAUCAUGUGACAAGGCGUUGAUGAAACUGUUCAAGUUCCCAGUACCCCAUCCUCUGUAACUCCAGGGUGUGCAUUCAGUAGACUUACUUGAACCCCUUGAUCCUUUGCUAUGGUUCCUAUCAUCAACAGUUACCCACCGUGGAUUUGUAUGGACAUUUAACCGACCACACAUAUUGGGGUAGGGUAAAGGAUGUAGCUCAUGUUAUCUUGAAGCCAUGGACUUGAAGACAUCCUUUCCAGCAAAACUAUUUUUCAGGGCUUCUUUUUACAUGUCAGUCAGAAUUUCUCGUAAAUGUAAUCAUAAUCAGUAGGACUGGCGGCCAUAUUGUUGAUAACCCAACAUUGAAGCUGGUUUUUAAGGGCACAUUCUGAGUAAGCAACCAAUCAAAUUACAGUUGGAAAUCAUGGGCAGGUAAUUUGAGGUAACAGAUCCACACGUUAUGGCAGGUGUACUGAAAUGUGAGCCUAGAUACAGAGAAUGCCAUUACCCACACACCAUUAAAUUUCAGUGUUUACUCAAACAUUGUAUUGACAUAUCCACUGAAUAUUUGGCACUUGUGACGUUUGAAUUCUAUUGGGUUUUGUAAAAGAAAAACAACAUAUAUGUUUAGAUGGCAUACCCUCUUGUGAACCUAAAUAUCAGUUGGGAGAGGUAGAACCCCAGCUUCUGAUUUGUGUACAGCCUACCAUUUUUCUCAACUGGUCACAAACAUACACAACUUUUUUGGCAUUUGAGCACAGCUCCUUCCAUGCCCACCCUGUACACCCAUGCUCCAACCAUCUCCCUCCCCAAACACGCACACUCCUUCCAUGCCCACCCUGUACACCCAUGCUCCAACCAUCUCCCUCCCCAAACACGCACACUCCUUCCAUGCUCACCCAUGCUCACCCAUGCUCCAACCAUCUCCCUCCCCAAACCAGCAAGUUCCAGUUAUCCCCCCCUCAAAACACCCAUUCUCCUAUAAAUUUCCCCCCAUCCCCCACUCCCCCUAAAACACCUACACACCUUUAAUCCCCUGUCACCCACACCCACACAACCUCCUUUGCUCACAGAAUAUUAGAGAUUUAUUCCAGAGCUAUAUUGUGCUAAGAAAACCUUGCCAUGUUCCCCUGCAUGACUGACUGCAGUGAUACAUCAAUAAUACUCCCAACAAAAUGAAUAUUGUCCCACAGGUGGACAGAUGAGUGAUGGAAUGCAUGCUGUUAACUCAUCGACAGCUAUUAGUUUAUUCACGGGUGCUCACAACCAUUUCACUCACUUUGUCUUUUGCAUAUUUGUAUUCCAAAAUCACUACAAGCCGUGAUGUUUUAGCAUCAAACCGAGCUUUGUCUUCAUUUUGUGAAGUUUUAUUCAGAUUCACACAUAUGAGGAAGUAUAUUUGCUGUUAGAGAUGAUGAUGUUGGAGACGUAAAACAUGAUUCAAUGACAAUAAUGGUCCAUGACGCCAUUGCACCGAUUGACCAUGUCGCUUUGCAGUUCAGCAUUCAUUCGCCUAAAAAUGGUUCAGCUUCUCAAGAUUCGUGUUCCUAUUCAUCGUCAGUAGUUUAUACCAC